AUGCUCGAGCUCUGUCUUCGACCUCCGAACGCGAGGCUACUCUGCUACGAGAUUACUUAUGCACCGAGCUGUUCUGUAAUCGACCUCGAGAACGAUGACAAUUCCCUGGAUAAGAAGGAGCCUCUACCAAAGCUGGUCACGGACACUGUGGCGGAUAUGCUUAAAGCUGACAUCGACGCCAUGUUCGCUUGUGCUCAGGACGAGAAACAGCGCGACCUCGUCAUCAAGCUGGCGGACAAAGGGUCCAUGGAACACAACAUCUACACAUACCUGGCCGAAUGCAAGUCGUUAUACGACAGCGAUGCGUUCAUUGGCGUAUUGCCUCCGACAGCAAUCAUAGGCUCUCCAUAUCGGUGGGACGUUACCCCCUCACCCAGGGAACUCGAAACUAUUCGCGAAGUCAUGACGUUCAUCCGUUGCAACCUGUCGGGAUUGGCCUUCCUUCAUCGCCACCGCAUAGCACACAGAGACAUAUGCCAGUCCAAUAUGGUGAUCAACUGGUACUGCAACAGCUCGCCCUCGGAUCUAUGCGUUCAGCGUCUGCGCGAGCAUAUUCAGUCUCCAGCUGUGGAGUACGCUCUGUUCGAUUUCGACCUCUCGCUGCAGAUGCCGCUCGACACUUCUCUCAAGAAAUGUCGCCGCCCUGCGCACGAAGCGUUCAAGGGCAAGAGGUCGUACAUUCCGGAGGAUGUAUUCCACGGCGAACCGCAUUACAACCCAUUCGCCUUCGACGUUGCGUGCCUUAGCAACCUCUAUCUGUGUUUCUUCAAGGCGAGUCUUUAG